AUGCUAGCCAAAUUGCUACUUUUCUGUAGACUCUUCGGUCCUAUCUUCGGCCAGAUAUUCGCCAGCUUGAGAGAGGCGGUUGCCACCCGCUUACACCGGCUCACGUACCGCGCUGUGGAGCAUCCGCGCAACGUUGUCGUUAUUGGCGCUUCUUUCGCUGGAUAUCACGCGGCUAAAUGUCUUGCUAGUUCGCUCCCAACUGGGUAUCGGGUUGUGGUUGUUGAGAAGAAUACGCAUUUCCAGUUGACUUGGGUUUUGCCACGGUUUAGCGUGGUGAAUGGCCACGAACAUAAGGCCUUCAUACCUUAUGGGCCUUACCUUGAUCGGGUUCCGGAAGGCUCUUAUCAAUGGGUUCGUGAUCGUGUUGAGCGUAUUGUACCUGGUGACAAUGGACAUACUGGACAGGUAGAACUUGCAUCUGGCGAGAAGGUGGAAUUCGAUUACUUGGUGCUUGCGACUGGGGCGUCGGGAGCACUUCCAUCGCGAGUGCCAGCCGGCACCAAACAGGAAGGGAUAGAAGAGCUACUUGCUGAGCAGGAAAAGCUCCGAGCUGCCACGAACGUGAUCAUUGUUGGUGGUGGAGCUGCGGGUAUUGAGCUCGUGGCAGAUGUGAAGUCGCAAUAUCCUGAGAAGAAUGCCACGUUAGUUCAUUCCCGGACGACAUUGCUGAGUCGGUUUGGUCCUCGGAUCGGAGAAAGGGCAUUGCGAGCGCUUGAAGAGCUAGGUGUGAGGACUAUAAUGGGUGAACGAGUGCUCAGCGACAGUGCAGAGGAGGGCAAUGUCAAGCUGAGCUCAGGCGAAACUCUCGCGUGUGAUUACUUGGUACGCGUCUUGCACCUACAUCCUUGA